GCUGUGGCAGGAGGGGAGAAGCAAAAGCAAAGCGAAGAGAAAAGUGCUUUGCUCUGCACCCACCUGCUGCUCCGGGAUUCUCCAACCGCAAACCAGCCCCGCCCGGACAGUUUCCAGGCGCGGUCCCGUUGCCCUGGCCACCACACCUGCGUGCUAGAGCCACGCCUGGCGCCUGCGCAGUAUGGCCUGGAGCGGUGGGGCGCGUAGCCCGAAAGACGGGGUGGGUUUUGGGGGGCCACGAGCGGCUGCGGACGGCGCGCUCCGCGGGGAUGAGGCUGCAAUCCCCGUGGGCCUGCAGCGACCGUGCCCAGGAUUCUCCACGCCGCGGGCGGCCCUGGACUCCACUUCCCAGCAGCCCCCGCGCCGCGAGCGCUCGGCCCCUCCCGGCGCGGACGGCAGCCGAAGCCGACUCCCCAUCCAGCCCGCGGGGGGCGCUCGCCGGCGGCUCCUCGGGCGGCCGCGCCGAGGGACUCGUCCGCGAGAUCAGACGCUGAGGAGCCGGCGGGACUUGGUGACAUUCAGGGAUGUGGCUGUAGAUUUCUCCCAGGAGGAAUGGGAGUGGCUGACCCCUGUUCAGAGACAGCUAUACAAGAAGGUAAUGCUGGAGAACUACAGGAGCUUGGUAUCACUGGCAGGAGUUUUCAUUUCUAAACCAGAUGUGAUCUCAUUAUUGGAGCAAGGAAAAGAGCCUUGGAUGGUGAAGAAGAAGGAUACAAGAGGCACACAUACUGGUGACACCCGGCAAUGCUCAGGGGUUACUCCUGACUCUGCAUUCAAGAAUUACUCCUGCCAGUGCUCAGGGGACCAUAUGGGAUAUGGGGAAUCUAACCCAGAUUGGGAAUAUUCAUUUACAAACAGUGAAUUUUCAUCAAGUCAAGUCAUUUAUAAAGAAUUACCCAAAGUAAUGACAAUGGGAAGAAGCCAACUCAUUUAUACCCUUGACUGCUCCAGUUUCAGAGAAGACUAUAAAAAUGAGAAGAGGUAUGAGAACCAUCUGGAAAGUCAGAAGGUAUAUUCUAGUCAGUUGAUCAUUACUCAUAAAAAAAUCCUUGCUGAAGAUCAAGAUAAUGAAUGUACUAAAUCGUGGCAAACUUUUCAUCAGGAUGCAAUACUUGAUAUGAAACAGAGUUUUCCCACCAAAGGAAGAGUUCUUAAGUGUGAGCCACAAAAAAGAAGUUACCAGGAAAAAACUGUUAAAAUGAAACAUAAGAAAGUUUAUGUAGAAAAGAAACUUUUGAAAUGUAAUGAAUGUGAGAAAGUCUUCAACCAGAGUUCAUCUCUUAUUCUUCAUCUGCGAAUUCAUACGGGGGAGAAACCCUACACAUGUGAUGAAUGUGGCAAAACCUUCAGCCAGAGUGCAAACCUAGCACAACAUAAAAGAAUACAUACUGGAGAGAAACCUUAUGAAUGUAAGGAAUGUAGGAAAGCCUUCAGCCAGAAUGCACACCUGGCUCAACACCAGAGAGUUCAUACUGGAGAAAAACCUUACCAGUGUAAAGAAUGUAAAAAAGCCUUUAGCCAGAUUGCACACCUGACUCAGCACCAGAGAGUUCAUACUGGAGAGAGACCUUUUGAAUGUAUUGAAUGUGGGAAGUCCUUUAGUAAUGGCUCAUUUCUUGCUCAGCAUCAGAGAAUUCAUACAGGAGAGAAGCCUUACAUAUGCAAUGUGUGCCGAAAAGCCUUUAGCCAUCGUGGAUACCUGAUUGUACAUCAAAGAAUUCAUACUGGAGAGAAACCUUACAAAUGUAAGGAAUGUAGGAAAGCCUUCAGUCAAUAUGCACAUCUGGCUCAGCAUCAGAGAGUUCAUACUGGAGAGAAACCCUAUGAAUGUAAAGUCUGCAGAAAAGCCUUCAGCCAGAUUGCAUAUCUUGAUCAACAUCAAAGGGUCCAUACUGGGGAGAAACCAUAUGAAUGUACCGAAUGUAGAAAGGCCUUUAGCAACAGUUCGUCAUUGGCACAACACCAAAGAAGUCAUACUGGAGAAAAACCUUAUAUGUGUAAGGAAUGUAGAAAAACAUUCAGCCAGAAUGCAGGACUUACCCAGCACCAGAGGAUUCAUACUGGAGAGAAACCUUAUGAAUGUAGUAUUUGUGGCAAAGCCUUUAGCUAUCGUGGAUCUCUUACUCUACAUCAAAGAAUUCAUACUGGAGAAAGACCCUAUGAGUGUAAGAAUUGCAGAAAAUCUUUCAGACAGCGUGCACACCUUGCUCAUCAUGAAAGAAUCCAUACAGUGGAAUCACUCUUGACCCUGUCUUUUCCCUCACACUCCAUACCCAAUCCAUUGCCAAGACCUAUAGGUUUUAUCUCCUAAAUAUGCCCAGUAUCUGACUGUUCCAUUUUCAUACCGUCAUUUUUGUCCAGUAUGCAAUAAUGUAUUUUAUCUGAAUUAUGGAAAUAGCUUUCUAGCUGGUCUUACUGUAUUUGCCAUUUUCUGUCAUUUUUCCAUAUUGCAGCCAAACAUGAAUGUUAAGUGUUUGAUCAUAAGCUGGAGAGAUGGCCAAAAAUAAAAAAAAGUGAGAAACUGA